AUGGCGAGCAACAACCCAUCGAAACCAAACUCUCCGGCAGUUCUGUCCACGCCCCCAGGCUUUAGGAGCCGCCAUGAUUCUAUCAACUCCAUAUCCACCGCUUCGCAGGCCGAUAAGGACCAGCUAGCCCAUGCUCUGAACAGGAUCCACACAUCGGCGAGCCAGUCCGACUCUUUGACGACAUUCAACGACUUCGCUCCUCCUCCCUCGUCUCUUCCGGCGACAGAAACAAAGGUUUUGGCUGGAGAGCUGGUUCAAAAUGGCCUCAGCGGGCUCUACAGUCGGCUGAAGGAGGCGGUGGGCGCUGGCGGAGCGAGGCAGCAAGACCUCGACGAUGGCGAUAGCUUCGAUGCUGCGUCGAAACGCAGCACUAGCACCACGGCUACAACCCCGAAAAUACCCAUCGCUUCUCUCACCCGCGUAGAAACCGCCGCCACAAGCUCCUCGUUCAACUCGGGGACCACGCACGACGGUCCCAUGACAGGCACUUCCUCGUCAGGAAUGAACACCGUCAUGUCUGAUAGCCAGUCACAUCCCCCUCAGUCAUCGAAAGCGACAUCCAUUUCCGCCAUGACGGCGUCUAAAUCGAGCGCCGCCAGCAGGCAAAGUUUGCCAAGCGUGGCCAAAGCCUCGGCGGUCACGGCUAUCAAUCCAGAGGUCGCUCCGGCCACAGCACCAAGAAGCGUAGUCCGCAUGGAGGAUGGCCCAGUUCGAUCCUCUGGGAGGAGGAGCAUCAGCAAACACCCUGAUCCUCGGCUAUUUGGGAUCGGACAUGAGCACAAGUUUGAUGUUCUAGAGCCAAAACCCAGCGCAAUCCUCCCCGAGCGAGCCCAUGGAAUUAUUCCCCGGCCCAGACGUGAAGACGCGGCUGUCGACGGUCCUUCGGAUAAGCCUCUGAGCCCGAUCAAAACCAGCGCACCGCAGCUGCCUAAGCUGCAGACUGCGGAUCCCCGGUCGCCUACAUUAUCGACGUCGUCGAUGAUGCUAGUUCCCAAGCGACCAGCAGUUAUCGAUCGCAUUAGUCGUUCCCGGUCACCCGGCUAUACCCCAUCAAGGUCUUCUUCCAUGGAGCAUGUCACCGCAGAACCCAGCCCCAUCAGUACGACUGCCCACGACUCUGUGCAUCAUGACUCUUUUGCCCACGCCGCUCAGCCCAUACAUGGGAGGACGGGGGCUUUGCGCAUUCCUGGUACAACGACCAACGAAGGUGCCCCUGAACAAGUCAACGCUAGGCUUGAUAGGAUGCGGCGUCAGGUUCUGAGUAAAGAAUUCUGGAUGGCCGAUGAAACGUGCAAAGAAUGUUUUAUAUGCGGUCAGCCGUUCUCGGCCUUCAGGAGAAAGCACCAUUGUCGAACCUGCGGGUGUAUCUUUGAUUCCAAGUGCACUUCCAUCAUCCCAGCCUCAAAAUUCGGAAUGACCGGGACUCUUCGAGUUUGCAAAACUUGCCUAAAAGUCAUUAAUCAGCGACUAUAUGAAGGGAGCGGCUCUGACGACUCCGGGGACGACUCGUUUUUGCCAGCCCUUUUCCGUCAAACUAAGGCGACCCCCAAGGUCACGCAGGCAGAGGCCGAGGUUGAAGAGCCGAGCUUUGCUGAUCGCAUGGAGGACUUGGGCGACGCAAGAUCUGUCCAGACACCCAUGAUGGCAAUACCCGCGACCAGAAGGAUCAACGACUCUAACCGAAACUCGGCCAUUCUUGAAAUAGAUGCACCGCAGCUCAGCCGUCCGAGUUCCUCACGUUCUCUGAGGUCACUAACAUCCGCAAACCGGCCACAAUCGUCAGGUCACAGACGACACCAUUCGAAGCAUCACAACAAUUUCAUGUCGAGGUUCAAACCAAUGCCAGACGAUAGAGCCCCGUUCCGCAAGGGAAUCACCGAGGAGAUGGCGAAGAAACCGAAAUAUCCGGCUUUCCAUGACGACAAUAUUAUCGACCCUGAACUGGCUGCCUACAUGUCAGACGAGUCCAGCGGCGACGAACAGAUGAGCAUAUUUGCCACCAUGUCAAAUGCCGAUCUGCAACCGUCAAGCUACGACCAUGAGAAGUCAAGUUUCGGACCGUUCUUGAGCACGGGAAGGAGACACCGACUUGGGAGAGGAGAGAAGAGUGUCAGCGGGUUGAGCUUCACAAGCCGCGGAAUGGAUGACAAUGCUGGCUCUGGAAGUCUUAUCGGCCAUGGCCGCCCCGCGAGAAGACGCAAUCUCAGCAAUGUGAGCCAUCAGAUGAGGUCCCCACGCCCCAAAUCUGGCAUCUUCAAGGGUCCCUCUGCAUCCAACGAGAAUGUUUUCACCAUUGAGAAUCCUGCUAUUGAAGCUACGAAAUUGACUAGAAGCGAUUCGAUGCAAGCGGACAAGCAGCCACAGGUGGAGCUCAAUCCAUCCAGCAUGCUGCACGUCAAGAGACUCUUACAUCAGUUGCUCGAAGAUUCCGGCAUACCCAAUGUGCCAGCGUGGGAAAAGGCUCUAGUCCCCAUUUUGCUCCAGUGCACCGACGACGUUACCCCCGAUAUUAGAGUGGGAGAUGACAUGGACAUUCGCCAUUACGUCAAGCUGAAGAAAAUACCAGGCGGAAAACCGGGUGACACGAGCUACGCCUCAGGUGUCAUUUUCACAAAGAACCUUGCUCUCAAGAGCAUGCCACGCCGCAUUCUGAAUCCUCGUAUCGUCAUUGUCUCUUUCCCAAUAGAGUACCAGCGUCACCAGCAACACUUCAUGAGCCUGCAACCAGUCAUCGAGCAGGAGAAAGAGUUCUUACGAAUUGUCGUCAAUCGCAUUAUCAAUUUGCGCCCACAAUUACUUCUUUGCGAAAAAUCCGUGUCUGGUGUUGCGUUACAAUAUCUCUCUGAGGCGGGCAUAGCUGUCGCGUACAACGUCAAGCCAUCUGUUAUCGAAGCCGUAUCAAGAUGUGCGGAAACGGACAUCAUCUCCUCUCUCGAUAUGCUGGCCUUACAAGUCCAGGUAGGGAGAUCUGGCGGCUUCGAAGUCAAGACCUAUGUCAACAAAAACUAUCCCGGAAAGAAGAAGACGUACAUCUUCCUUUCAGGGUGUUCUGAGAAGCUUGGUUGUACGAUCGCUCUUCGUGGCGACUCAACUGAAGUCCUCUCGAAAAUGAAGAAGAUCACAGAGUUCAUGGUCUAUGUUGUCUACAACUUGAAGCUGGAGACGUGCUUAAUGAGAGACGAGUACAUCCAACUACCAGCAGAGCCCGAGGAAUCGUCCUCCCUGUCAUCAUCUCUCCGCCACAAUCCUGAGGAUGGUCCUAAAUCACUCAGCGCAUCAACUGAACUCGCAGAGACGGGACCACAGAUAUUGAAGACCUCGCCCCCUGAGUCUGAACUCCCUACACAAACAAGUGACGGCACGUCGCUGGUCACUGCUGAGGGGACCGUUUCAUCAGAUCAGACUGAAGAGCCUGUUGCAGAAGAACGACCUCCGCUUGUAUCUCUUCAUGCCUCUCACGUUCCACCCACGUCUCCUGAGUCUCAAGUGCCAGAAGACGUGCCGAUGCCAACAUACUAUAGCGAUAUGGUUGCGAGAUACGAGACCAAGAUUCUGUCGGCCUCUCCAUUCGUCAAGUUUGCGCAGCCUUACUUGCUCAUGAAGGCGCGAGAGCAAGAACGGAGAUUGGUCUACUUGAAGCGCCUGAGAGAUCAAGAUGUUGUUGAAGAACAGAUUGAUGCCGAAAAAUCAAAGUCGCAAAAGUUCCAGCUCAUCAAGCCUGAAAUGGUACAUGCUAUUGGACAGAAGGCGCCACGCCAGGUUAUGGAAAUCCUGCACGCCGUCCACGAUGCCGAAUAUGACAAGGCGCUGUACAACUACCAGCUUCAGACCCGGCAAUGGGAAAACUACAUCCAGGGCAACCUCGACCUUUUCGAUCCCUAUUCCCACCAGAACAUUGUCGUUCUGUACUCAGUCAUUUGUACAGAGACGAAAAUUCCGUGCUCGGAACCUGGAUUGAUCGCGAUUGCGUUCUACGAUGAGCAUGUCGACGAGAGCGGAAGCAUGGAUCCGGACUGCACUCUCGGUCAGUACAUUGAAGACCUGUGCAUCAGUAAGGACUCGAUAUGCACAGCCAAUGGAUGUGACCGGAAGAUGACGGCGCAUCAUCGCACUUACGUCCACGAUGAGUCGCGAGUCACUAUCUUUGUUGAGCCGGCGGCGAAAAGACGCAACUUGGACGGCAUAACCAUGUGGAGCUACUGCAAAACAUGCAAGAAGGAUUCUCCUGAGAUGGGGAUGUCUGACAGCACAUGGAAAUACUCUUUUGGCAAGUACCUUGAGCUUCUCUUUUGGAGCAGGGGCCUGCGGCUCCACGAGUUCUCUGGCUGCCCGCACGACCAUCACCGCGACCACAUCCGUUACUUCCAUUACCGCGACACCUGGGUGAGGAUUCAUUACGAUCCCAUCGAUCUUCUCGAAAUUGUCGUUCCCAGAGCUCGGAUUACGUGGAAGGUCGAAAACGACCUAAAGCUCAAGAACGAGAUUUUUAACAAAAUCGAAGAACGAUGGGCGCGCUUCAUCAACUCUGUCAAGUUCAGGCUCAAGAGUAUCCGCAUCGAUAGCGUCCUACCUGAAAAGGCCGAUGCGUGUAAGACUGAAGUUGACCGACUUGCCAAGAAAGCGCAGGAUGAUCAAGUCGCGUUGACCCGCAGACUUCAGGAAACUUACGUCAAUUCCAAGUACUACGAAGUCAUUCCGUUCAAUGCCAUUGUCAGAGAGAUGCUGGAGAAGGCUGGAGAUUGGGAUGCUUCCUUCACCAAAUUCGAGACCGACUUCUUGCCGGACAAAGAUUUGCGACAAUUGACGAUGCUCCAGCUCAAGAAGAUAUUCUCAGACAACGAAUCAAGAGAGUCUCUUCCCUCCACAGAUGGAAACUCCACUGUGGACUCUGGGGAACCGCCGUCUCAAACUUUCUCGGAUGAUGCUGAUGAGAAGUCUUCCACUCAACCAACGGACCCAACUGAACCUAGUGAGGAAGGUGUCUCGGAGACGACCAAGAAUGAAGGCGAGCCGGAGAACGAGCCUGAGGAGUUUAAGGAAAAGGAGCCCAUUCCAGAGCCAGAGCCAUCUCAAGACCAAGAAUCUGGACCUGAUGCCAAGGACAAGCCUGCCGCCGGAGACGAGAAUCCUGAGUCCUCGGAAACCAGCAAAAUCAGUACGCUGGCCGAGUCCGUCCUGGAGAGAGUAGAGCCACUGGACUUGGCUACCCCAAGCUCACCGAAGGGGAAGAGUCCUUUCUCCUUUGCUGCCAUCGACGAAGCUGGAGAACUUUCGAGCGUUUCGGGUGCUAUCGAGGCGACUUCACCAACUGCCAGACCGCCACUGACUACGACCUCGACCGGAAUUUCUCUUUCAGAGAAAGUUGAGCAACUUCGACGUGAGCAACAGGUCAUGGGUAACGAGUUGCCCCCAGCCAACGAGCCCGCCGAGGCACCGAAAACAAACCCGGAGCGAACUUUGGCUCGCAGGGCUCCGAUGAUUAGAACUCUAUCUCAGCCCGCCCAAACGCUACCGAGAUCCCAACCAAGCUUUGCCAAGUCAAUCUUGCCAAAGGAUAGUGCAGGGCCCAGCGAAAACUCCAGCGAGACAUCCUUCAAAGUGGAAAAGAAACCGUUCAUGGCGUUGGGAAUGAAGAGCCAUAGAAAGGCCGGUCCCUCCUCAAUCCCUCGGCUGAUCACCAAGAAGAAGGAUACGCAUGUGUCGUCUCAGGUAUCUAGGAUUGCCAAGCACUUUGAACAACUGAGCCGUGAAUUCGAGAAGGAAAGGCAAAGGGAAGAUCGCAGAAAGCGCCUUAUGAAACACCAGCCUCGUGCCGGACUGCCACGCUCGGCUACCAAGGCCAUUGUGGAGGUCUAUCACAACAUUGACAAUGCCGUCCAGGAGGCCGGACCGUCAAACACGGAACAAAACAACGAGAUCAAGAUUCUCGAGCCGAAGACUGCGCCCGUUACCCCGGCACCUCCAGGUGUUGUGCGCACGGAACCUGACACAAUGCCGCCCGUGGGGGAACCACAUCCCGCAACAGAAGCUCCGGCCGCAUCCGAAGAGCACCAUGUCGGCGGAGAGACUGAUGACACUGCGACAGUAACUGCCAGUCACGGUGGAUCCGAUGACGAGGGGCAAAGCGAUAACGAAGAAUCCAUAUUAGGCGACCUACUGCCCGAUGUGAAGGAGCUUGCAGAUUCUCUUGAGCCCAGCACGGAGAUUCCGUUGGAACUGCCCAAGCAUCAAAAGACUAGCUUGAUGAAGAUGCUCACAAACUUCUGGGCCGAGCGAUCUGCGAGCGGCUGGCCUCAGUUGGAUUACCCGGUCAAUGCCAGCGAUCAUAUUUUCCUCGACUCGGACGUGAUUGUACGAGAGGACGAGCCUUCCUCCGUCAUUGCUUUUGCCCUAAGCUCUGAUGACUACCGCACGAAGCUGGCUGAUAUUCGCCGUCAAGAGCGGAUGGCCAUACAAAAGGAUUAUGAGGCAUCGAAUCUUGAGGGCAAGUCUUCGGGUAUGUCUGACACUGGCGGUGAAUUCAUGAUGGAAGAGGGCGACCUGGAGAAGAGUCUGCUCAGGGCCACGGGCACUCAUCUCAAGUACCAAUUCAAGGAAGGUUCCGCGACAAUGCUCUGCAAGAUCUUCUAUGCCGAGCAAUUCGAUGCGCUUCGCCGGAAGUGCGGUGUUGCAGAUCGCAUUGUCGAGUCUCUUUCUCGCUGCUUGAAAUGGGACUCGAAGGGCGGGAAAACAAAGUCGGUGUUUCUCAAGACCCUUGAUGAUCGAUUGGUUCUGAAGGGCCUGUCGCCGAUUGAGACGUCGGCUUUCCUGCGAUUCGCUCCAGCCUACUUCGGCAUCAUGGCAGAGGCUCUAUUCCAUGAUUUGCCCUCUGUCAUUGCCAAGAUGCUGGGUUUCUUCCAACUCAUUAUCAAGAAUCCAGUCACUGGCGUCGAGAUCAAGCUUGAUCUUCUCCUGAUGGAGAACCUCUUUUACGACCGUGGCCCGACCCGUCUUUUCGACUUGAAAGGAUCAAUGCGCAAUCGCAAGAUCCAGUCCACAGGCGAGCAGAACGAGGUGCUCCUCGACGAGAACAUGGUUGAAUUCAUCUAUGAGUCUCCUUUAUUCGCGCGCGAGCAUUCCAAGAAGCUUCUGAGAGCAUCCGUUUGGAACGACACCCUGUUCCUCGCAAGACAGAACGUGAUGGACUACUCGUUGAUGAUCGCAGUGGACGAAGCUAAGAAGGAGUUGGUUGUUGGUAUCAUUGACUGCAUUCGGACGUACACGUGGGACAAGAAACUCGAGAGUUGGAUCAAAGAUCGAGGAUUUGCUGGCGGUGGCAGAAAUCGCCCGACAGUGACCAGUCCGAAGGAAUACAAGUCUCGUUUCCGGGAGGCGAUGGCAAGAUACAUCCUCCAAGCGCCAAAUUGCUGGCAUCAAUUCGGCGUGCCUCAACUCAACAACACCAUGAGGCCACGAUUCGAAUCGGAUGCCAAGGCCGAUUAA